AUGGCAGAAAUCAGUGGAGAAGUUUGUGGUGAAGAAGAUUUUCCUAAUGUCAAAGUAGAGCACCAGGAGACGUUCUUGGGGCACACUAGUCCAAUCAGCCGAUGUUGCUUCUCUGCUUCCGGGAACACUAUCGCUAGUGCUUCUCUAGAUGGAACUGUUAGAUAUGAUUCAUCAACUCCGGUGUCUAGAAAUGCAACCAUAUAUUGUGGCAUGGAAAUUUUGUCUCUUGACUGGGAAUGUAAAUCUGACCGCUUGCUGUUAAUAGGUACAUCAGAUGGGUGUAUUAAGGCAUGGAAUGUAGAUGCAAAGAGAGUUGUUUGUGAUCUCAAUACAACUCAAGCAUUUCCAAGUGUCUUUGACAUAAAGUGCAGUCCUGUGGAACCUAUUUUUGUGUCUGCAGCAGGAUCUGGAGGUGCUGGUUCCAAUUAUUUUGACAACCUGGGUUUUGCUUCUCUCACUGUGUGGAACAUGAAGAUGUGGAAACCCAUGACAGUCCUUCCUCUUGGAGAAGAUCCACCAGCUAUUACUUCUCUAUGCUUUAAUCACAAUGGAAAGAUUUUAGCUGCUUCUGCUGUUGAUGGAAUGAUCCACAUGUUUGGUAUCUGGUGCACGAAAUUGUGA